AUGGACAACAGCCAUAUGCUUUCCAUUAUCGAACAAAAGAUGUGCUCUGACGACAGAAAGGUCUGGGCGAGAGAUCUGGAGAGAGAAAAGAAGCCUGCUACCCUGGAAGCGUUGAUGAACUGGAUGAACGUGGAAAUGAAGUCACGAAUGCGUGCCACAGCUCCUAUCAGAGUGGGCUCAUCUGGAAGACGCCACGUGAAUCACUUCACAUCUAAUGACGGCAAACCUGUCUGGCACAAAUGUUGGCUGUGCAAAACUUCAUCCCACUGGCCCGAUCAAUGCCCGAAGUUUACAGCUCUCAGCAUUGAUGACCGUAUCGCAACUGCAAAGGCAAAUCACCUGUGCUUCAGCUGUUUGAAGAGGGCCGGAAGGGGACACACUGUAGAUAACUGCAGGCGUAAACAACAGUGCGCAAAGCUGGAGAAUGGAAUGCGGUGUCCACAACAUCACCAUCAGCUGCUUCAUAAGAGCAAUACUGUCAAGAUUAGCGUCGCUACAUCAGUCAAUACGAAAGAAGCUAUUCUCCCAGUCCUCUCCGCAAACAUCGGCAGCGCUAACGGCCUAUUUAAAUGUGGAAAUGUUCUUCUUGACUCUGGCGCUCAAGUAAGCCUUAUUCGUCAGGAUACCGCAGAAACUCUCGGCUUGAAGGGAAAGGAUGUUUCCAUAACAAUUACUAAAGUUGGCGGGGAGGAAGAGUCAAUGAAAACCAAAGAAUACAAAAUUCAGCUAACCUGCAUAGACACCGGCAAGCGUUUUACCGUUAAAGCAAUCGGCAUUCAGAGCAUCAGUGAUGAAAUCCCAACAGUGAAAACUUCGCACUUACCGGAGCUUCUUGGCCUGCCUAACACGAGAUUUCGCCGCGGCAAGGGACAUGUGGACCUGCUAAUCGGUAUUGAUCACGCACAUAUGCAUGCUGGUGAAACGAGACAAGUGGACCAUCUACUAGCUCGCAAGUCGCCACUUGGAUGGGUAGUUUUUGGAGGAAAACCAGAGCAGAUCUGUGACAUAACCAGCAUAUUACACGUCAAGUACGCCUCACCAAUAGACUUAACUGACUUCUGGACAACAGAGACUAUGGGUGUGGCCGUGAAACCCUGUGUCUGCGAUGCAGACAAACUGUCUGAAACAGAAAGAGAAGAAGCUAAGCUAAUAGAGGAAACAUGUAUCAAAGUUGGAAGUCAAUGGAUGAUUCCAUACCCCUGGAGAAAGGACCCCACCCUGCUCCCAGACAACAAAGAUUUGGCAAUGAAACGCCUAGAGUCAACAGAACGACGCCUGAAAAGAAAUCCUGAACAAGUCGAAGCCUACUGCAAACAGAUGGAAGAAAUGGAAAGCAUGAAGUUUGCGCGAAAGCUGUCCAAGGAAGAACAAAACGCGUAUCAAGGACCUGUUCACUACAUUCCUCAUCACGCCGUGCUGAGGCCAGACAAGAAGAGCACUCCAGUUCGAAUUGUUUUCAAUUCAUCUUCUGUAUUUCAAGGACAUACUCUGAAUGAUUACUGGAAGAAAGGUCCCGAUCUUUUAAACGGCAUAUUUGGAGUUGUCUUACGAUUCAGAGAGAAGAAAGUCGCAGUUAUGGGAGACAUCUCCAAGAUGUAUCAUAGGAUCCUAAUUCCCGAGAGGGAUCAACAUGUGCAUCGCUUUCUAUGGAGAAACAUGGAAACGGACAGAGAUCCUGACAUCUACCUCAAAACUGUUCUCACAUUUGGGGACAAGCCUGCACCCGCUAUGUGUAAAGUAACAGCGGAAGUGUUGUAA